CCAGGACUGUCUCGUUCAGCGUGUGUCCGUGUCCCUCGGUCGGUCGGCCGGUAUUCGCCCGUCACCUGGUCUUCUUGUCUGUCACCAUGUCCCGUUGUCUCGCUCUGGCUCGGUUCGCCCUCGGUGCCUCUCGGAGGACUGGCUCACGGCUAACGACGUGUGCACGAGGGCUGAGCAGCAGGACUGUGUCGCGCUCGUUGACUGCGGACUUUCAGGUUGGACAGCAGCAGAGGUGGAGCAGCCAGCCCAGACUGUGGAGCACUCAGCGGCCUUGCCUCAGCUUCUGCCAGCAGUCUUACUAUAGCACCCAGGAGGCCGAGAAAGAGCCAGAGGAGGAGGCCCUGCACACCAUCAUCAAUGACUCAGAGUCUGUGCAAGGUAGCUUCUCCAAACAUGAAUUUCAGGCCGAAACGAAAAAGCUGCUGGACAUUGUUGCCAGGUCCCUGUACUCAGAGAAAGAGGUGUUCAUCAGGGAGUUGAUCUCUAAUGGUAGUGACGCUCUGGAAAAACUGCGUCACAAACUGAUCACAGCCGGAGGUGAAACAGCUCCAAUGGAGAUCCACCUACAGACCAAUGCUGCCACGGGCACCUUCACCAUCCAGGACACUGGAGUUGGGAUGAACCAAGAGGAGCUGGUGGCCAACCUGGGGACCAUCGCCCGCUCUGGUUCAAAGGCAUUUCUGGAUGCUCUGCAGAACCAGGCGGAAGCCAGCAGCACCAUCAUUGGUCAGUUCGGGGUUGGUUUCUACUCUGCCUUCAUGGUGGCCGACCGUGUUGACGUCUACUCCCGCUCUAAUGAGCCCGGUGCACCUGGAUACAAGUGGUCCUCAGACGGCUCUGGGGUUUUUGAGAUCGCCGAAGCCUCUGGCGUUCAACAGGGAACAAAGAUCGUGCUGCACCUCAAGGACGACUGCAAGGAGUUUUCCUCUGAGGACAGAGUUAAAGAGGUUAUAACAAAGUACAGCAACUUUGUCAGCUUCCCCAUCUUCCUGAAUGGACGGAGGCUCAACACCCUGCAGGCCUUGUGGAUGAUGGAGCCUAAGGAGAUUAGUGAGUGGCAGCAUGAAGAGUUCUACCGCUAUGUCGCCCAGACCUAUGACAAGCCCCGCUACACGCUGCACUACCGGGCUGACGCCCCACUCAACAUCCGAAGCAUCUUCUACGUCCCUGAAAUGAAGCCCAGCAUGUUUGACGUGAGCAGGGAGAUGGGCUCCAGCGUGUCUCUGUACAGCAGGAAGGUCCUGAUCCAGACCAAAGCGGCCGACAUCCUGCCCAAGUGGCUGCGCUUCCUCCGAGGUGUGGUGGACAGUGAGGACAUCCCUCUAAAUCUGAGCAGGGAGCUGCUGCAGGAAAGCGCCCUCAUCAGGAAGCUCCGUGACGUUUUGCAGCAGAGGGUGAUCCGCUUCCUGCUGGACCAGAGCAAGAAGGAGCCAGAGAAGUACAACAAGUUCUUUGAGGACUACGGCCUCUUCAUGAGGGAGGGCAUCGUCACCACCCAAGAACAAGACGUCAAGGAGGACAUUGCGAAGCUUCUGAGGUUUGAGUCGUCUUCUCUGCCAGCGGGCCAGCAGACCAACCUGAUGGAGUACGCCUCUCGAAUGAAGGCUGGCACACGCAACAUCUACUACCUUUGCGCCCCCAACCGCCAUCUUGCGGAGCACUCCCCCUACUAUGAGGCCAUGAAACAGAAAGACAUGGAGGUGCUGUUCUGCUAUGAGCAGUUCGAUGAGCUGACCCUGCUCCACCUCAGGGAGUUUGACAAGAAGAAGCUGAUCUCAGUGGAGACAGACAUCGUGGUGGAUCACUACAAGGAGGAGAAGUUUGAAGACAGCAAACCAGCCUCUGAGCGUCUGACACAGGAGCAGGCUGACGACCUGAUGGCCUGGAUGAAGAACGCUCUGGGUCCCAGAGUCACCAACAUAAAGCUAACUCCUCGUCUGGACACCCACCCAGCUAUGAUCACCGUGCUGGAAAUGGGUGCUGCACGCCACUUCCUCCGCACCCAGCAGUUGGCCCGCACUGCGGAGGAGAGAGCUCAGAUACUGCAGCCCACACUGGAGAUCAACGCAGGACACGAUCUAAUUAAGAAGUUGCACGCUCUGAAAGACACAAACUCUGAACUGGCUGGACUGCUACUGGAGCAGAUCUAUGACAACGCCAUGAUCACAGCAGGCCUGAAUGACGACCCCCGACCAAUGAUUUCCCGCCUGAACGAUCUACUGACUAAAGCUCUGGAGAAGCACUGAGAGCUACAUGUAAGACACGAACAGUGUAGACUGAAUUGGCUUUGAUGACUGAAGCAUAUUAACAGCAGCUGAAGAGCACACAAAGCUGGAGAAGUGCAGUUUCUAAAGAGCUCUACAGGCCUCAUCUGAAGCCAGAAAAUCACAUCUCUUUCCCCUCUGGGCCUACUUCAUUCCCCCUUGUGGAGAGUAUGAAAAGACUGGAAAAAGAUGAACUGCGAGCAGCGUCCUUGAGAGUUUUUCCAUAAAUAUUUCUAUGUUGUAAUGCUCUUUUUUUCCCCAGCUCUAUUUCAUCAGGACUUUCAAAUUUUUGGUAAUUUAAAAGACUGUGUUAUGAACAGGCUGGUUAUGAAGUGGGUACACUGAUCUUUUCAGUGUGGCGUUCACACUCCAGCCAUGCCUUGUAAAAACAGGAUUGCAUUAGAGAGGGGGUAAGAGACAGAUCAGAAUUUGUUUAGAAGUGACAGAUGCCCCCUGACCACUGAAUAGAGCUGUUACCAUUCACUUGCUGUUCUUCUUUUCAAUUUUUCAUCUUUUUUCCACAUUAUUUAAUAUUUUGUGUUUGCUUUUAUAUUAAGCUAAGUACCUUAAAUGUGACAAAAAAUAUAUAUACAGUCAUUCUGCAAACUCUCAGUGGUCAAAUGUGGAUUCUCAACAGGUUUCAUUUGUAUUAAAAUACCUAGCGUACGUAACCUAACGUAAAAUUGAUUUUAAAUGUUGUGUAUGCCUUCAUGGAGCUGUUGAAGGUGUCUUGUCGUAAAAAAAAAUGAAGGCGAAUAAACACUGAUCCAUUAUUGCGCAAAUUAAAAAACAAAAGUAAUUCAGAGCUUCUUGAAAAUACAAUUUUA